UUUUUUUUUUGAAGAACUCAGAGAUCAGAGAGAAUUUUUCCGGCAGUAAUUUUUCAGUGCAAUUUGUUUUUUUUCUUCCAAAAGCAGAGAGCAUUGAGUGGCGUAUACUUAUCCGUUUGCACGCCCAACCUACCCUAUUUUGCAAUUCCAGUCUUAUAUCCAAGCAUGGCUCCAGCAGCUACUGAGUUCAAGGUGGACGAUCGAGCGGAGUUGUCCAAGCGAACGAUUCCGUUGAUGGUGCUCGGCAAUGCAGAUUCGCUUCCACCAGCAGCAAGCUCAAAUCUGACGGUUGAGCCAGCCCUCGCAGCGCAGCAGAGGUUCAACGUCAAGGGCAAUGCUAUAGUAACAGGUGGUUUGGGAACGUUGGGUCUAGCAUGCUCGAGGGCGCUGCUUCAGCACGGCCUUAGAGGCCUGAUGGUUUUUGAUCUCGACGUUGGUCAGGUGCAACAUGAACUUAUCGCUUUGAGAGGGGAAUUCCCAGAUGCGCGUAUCGAAGCUCGAAGCAUCGACGUAACAGACGACGGCAGCGUUGCCGCGGGCGUUGCAGAAGCGGCUUCAGUUUUCGGAUCCGUUGAACACCUGCUCUGCUUUGCAGGAGUCGUUGGUUGCGUGCAUGCUUUGGACAUGCCAGCGAGUCAAUGGAGGAGGAUUCUGGACAUCAACACCACUGGGUCUUUCAUUUGCGCCCAAGCAGUAGCCAGACAAAUGGUCUCUCAGGGAACGGGGGGGUCGAUCACGUUUGUCGCGUCAAUCAGCGGCCACCGUGUAAAUUUUCCACAGCCUCAAGCUGCGUACAACGUGAGCAAGGCAGCGCUGCUGACUCUCAAGAGCUGUCUUGCCGCCGAAUGGGCACGGUACGGCAUCCGCACUAACAGCGUCUCGCCUGGGUAUAUGGAUACAAUUCUAAACGAAGGAGACGGUCUGGCCCAUGUACGACAGGUUUGGGCGGAGCGAAAUCCAAGCGGCAGGAUGGGUUCCCCAUCAGAAUUGACCGGGGCUGUCGUAUUGCUUACCAGUGAUGCCGGCACGUACAUCAAUGGGAGCGACAUUGUCGUGGACGGCGGAGGGAUUGUGUUCUAGAAUCUUAGUUGCGAAUGGUUACAGUCGAGCAAAAGUGCCCAGCCCUUAGGACUACCUCUUGCAGGACAGAGCCUGCACGGGCUACUCGCAAUUUUGAGCACCUAGAGUCUGCGAGAAAUGUUGGAGGAAUCUACCUUUCCCGAAAUUCCGAGCUUCCUUGAUACGAUCUGUAGCUUACUAGAUGAUGGUGUACUGCAUUCUAUGGCAAAGAUCAGGCGGACACAAGAUCCAGACUUGCAAGUUUUCAACAGUUCAGCGCCUCUUCGGAAUUCAGCAUGUGCACAUGAUUGGAACCAAAAACUUCUUUGGUUGAUCGAGC